AUGGCGUUAGAGCAAGCAGUAUCGUCGUCCACGACCUCGAGAAACGUGCUCGUCUUCCCCAAAACCCUCGUUUCAAAACCCCACUUCCAAGUCGCUUCUUCUCCCUCCUGGAGAACGAGGCGCUGGAAAGGGCUGGGAAGCUUGAAGUGCUCCAUAGCCGCGACGCCUUACCCUAAGCCCUCCGAGAUUCCGUGGCAGAAGGAGCUCUGCAACUCCGUCAAUCUUAUCGGCUUAGUUGCCGUCCCCGUCGAAAUUAAGCACCUCCCCUCCGGCAAGGUCGUCGCCUGGACCAGCCUGUCCGUCAAGAAAAGCGCCACGCAAACUUCGUUGAUAAACCUUACUUUCUGGGACGAUCUCGCGCUUGCCGCUUCCCAGCAUCUCCAGAAAGGUCACCAAAUUCACGUUUCCGGUCGCCUCAUAACCGACACCGUCGAAAGCGAGGAAGGCAAAACCAACACCUACUAUAAGGUUGUUGCUCAACAGCUGAACUUUAUUGAAAGGAAUUUCUCUACAGUGCCAUCCCAGGAUCUAGAGUCUGAUGGAAGUG